UUCAUUUCCUCAUUUCGGCUUCUUCACCUCUAAAACUAAAAUCUUUUUGUUUCCUCUACAGCUUCCAUUCGCCAUUGACAAAAAAAAACCCCCAAAACUCUGUUUUCUCUGCUUCAGCUCUGGUUCCUUUUUAUCGAUCUUCUUCAGGUGAAGUUGCAGGAGCUGUGGGACGAGAAAUGGCUUCAAGUGCUUAUGAGGAGGCAGGGACAGCAAGGUCUUCGGAGGGAGUGUCAAGUGGGCAGCAGCAAUGCCAAAAUAGUGAAGCAUUGGCUGAAUGGAGGUCAUCUGAGCAGGUAGAAAAUGGAAUUCCAUCAACUUCGCCUCCGUACUGGGAUUGUGAUGACGAUGACGAUGUUGGCCCUAAACCUUCUGAGCUAUAUGGGAAAUAUACAUGGAAGAUCGAUAAGUUUUCACAAAUUAACAAGAGAGAACUUCGGAGUAAUACAUUUGAUGUUGGCGGCUACAAAUGGUACAUUUUGAUAUACCCUCAGGGAUGUGAUGUUUGCAACCAUCUCUCAUUGUUUCUCUGUGUGGCUAAUCAUGACAAGCUCCUUCCAGGUUGGAGUCAUUUUGCUCAAUUCACUAUUGCUGUGGUGAACAAAGACCCAAAGAAGUCCAAGUAUUCAGAUACAUUACAUCGUUUCUGGAAGAAAGAGCAUGAUUGGGGGUGGAAAAAGUUUAUGGAGCUGUCGAAAGUUUUAGAUGGUUUUGUCGAUGCUGAUUCACUCAUAAUAAAGGCUCAAGUUCAAGUAAUCAGGGAGAAAGCAGACCGUCCCUUCCGUUGCCUUGACCGUCAAUAUCGAAGGGAGCUUGUUAGGGUAUAUUUGAGUAAUGUGGAACAAAUCUGUCGCCGUUUCGUGGAAGAGCGACGAGUAAAGCUUGGGAAGUUGAUAGAGGAUAGAGCGCGAUGGUCGAGUUUCUGUGCUUUUUGGCUGGGGAUGGACCAAAAUUCUAGGCGCCGCAUGUCCAAGGAGAGAUCAGAUUCAAUUUUAAAAGUGGUUGUCAAGAACUUUUUCAUAGAGAAAGAGGUUACUUCUACUCUUGUCAUGGACUCCUUGUACAGUGGGCUUAGGUCCCUUGAAGGCCAGACAGUGGGCAAGAAAAGUAAGGCAAAAAAUUUGGAUGCAGAGGAACAACUGGUUCCUAUUGUCCGUUUGGAGAAAAACAUGUUUGUUUUGGUGGAUGAUGUCUUGUUAUUGCUUGAGAGUGCUGCAUUGGAGCCAUUGCCUCCAAAGGAUGAGAAAGGCCCUCAAAAUCGGACAAAGGAUGGCACUUCUGGAGAUGAGUUUAACAAAGACUCAAUUGAGCGUGAUGAGAGGCGUUUAACUGAAUUAGGUCGUCGAACCAUUGAAAUAUUUGUCCUCGCACAGAUUUUCAGUAAAAUAGAGGUUGCAUAUCAGGAGGCUGUUGCUUUAAAGAGGCAAGAAGAGCUCAUCCGUGAAGAGGAAGCUGCUUGGCUGGCUGAAACUGAGCAGAAAGCUAAACGAGCAUCUGGCAAGGAAAAGAAGUCCAAGAAAAAGCAGGCUAAGCAGAAGCGGAAUAAUCACAAAAUAAAGGAUAAGGCUAUUGAUGAAAAAUCUGCUGUGGUGGAGCUAUAUAAGACUGAUCUGGAUGGACCUAUUUGUGAUGGAAACGAGUACAUGAAUGAUGAGCCAGAAGCAAUGCUUGGAAAACCAGAUGUACUGGAAGCAGUAUCGGAUGUUUCUGAUUCAAUAGAUUGUGUCCCAGAGGUAAUUAAUCCCGACUCUGAUGACAGAGAUGCAAGUCCUGUCAAUUGGGGUACUGACAGCUCGGAAGUUCAUCCUUCCACUGAAACUAGCUGCAGUGGGUUAAGUGACCUUUCAGCAGUGCAAAAUGGGUUAGCAGGAAGGAGAAGUCCUUCUGUAAUGGAUGAUAGUUCAUCAACAUGUUCCACAGACUCAAUUCCUUCAGUGGUUUUGAGUGGGCCUUGCAGAUGGACAUCUUCGAACCAUAAAAAUCAGAAAUCACCAAGCAGAGCGAGAAACCAGAGAAACAAGUCAACUUGUAAAGCCGCUGAUUGGGCUAGUGAAACACUAAGUCAGCCGUUAGAUGCUGUUUCGGAUGUAGGGCAGCAAAGUGAUAUGAGUUGCAGGGCGCCUGCAGCUGAGCCUCAGUCUUCUGUGCUUUUGUCGAGUGAGCAGCGAGACACAAAGAAGGAAGUAGUAGCUUCGCCGCAGAGGAAGUCAAGGAAGGCUGACACAGAGAGACCUUCCAAGGAGAAGUCAAGUGUCCAGUCUUCUCCCAGAAGCCUUCCAAAAGUUGCAGGCUCUGAUGUUCAGCAAAAGUCACAGAUGAAGAUCCCAGUCACAAGUGAUCCUAUUUUGGUUAAAAGAUCAUCUUCAGAUGGUCCCAAGCUUGCUGAUAAGCCAGCUCUGGUGUCUAAUUCAUCUGAAACUGCUGUGAUGUUGAAAGCUGAUCCUCAUAAAACCAUAGAGCCAAGGGUCAAGGAUAAGGCGGUUCAGGCCACUUGUGUUACGGCUGGGAAGGGCCCCUCGUCUCAACAAGGAACAGUGUCUACUACAACAGAAAGUUUCAAAUGGCAACAUGUGCCUGCCAUGUCAAGACCUUUGUGUGAUCCUCUAGUUCCUGGACCUAAGCCUGCUGCUCCUGUUGUUUCCAUGGUUCAGACAAUGCCAUCUCUGGCUCGUUCGGUGAGUGCUGCUGGGCGAUUGGGUUCUGACCCUUCACCAGGAACACACAGUUAUCUUACUCAGUCCUACCGGAACGCAAUUAUGGGUAGUCCUGUUUCUGGAACUCCAGUUAGUUUUGGUCAACCUCAUUCUCCAAUUUCAGCAGUUAACUCAUCACAUUCAUACUCUCAACAGCCUCCAGUGAUUUCUCAAGCGUUAUAUUUACCGCAGGGCUUGGAAAGAGCAGAACCAAGUUCUGUCAGACCAAGCUUUUCAUAUGGAAUGGUGAAUAAUAAUGGCAGCAUGCAGAACGGAUUGCAAUGGGAUUGUCCCCAAAGGGACAGCAGCAGGAGUAUGUCUCAAGAUCAUCCUUCUGCAUCAAAUGGAAUUAGGAACUUUGAUAUGUUCAAGGCUGUAAACAGCAGGACACAUGAUCACCUUCCUGAUUCUCUGGCAUGCACGUCUGGACGCCAACCCCAGAGUGUAUCAGCUGAUGAAUUUCCUCAUCUUGAUAUUAUUAACGACUUACUGAACGACGAUCAUGGGAUUGGAAGAACUUCUAUGCCCGACUCAGGCUUUCAAAGUUUUAGCAGUGGAUUGCAGCAUCUGAAUCAGGGUUUCGCUUUCCCAGGCAAUAUCGGCACGCCAGUUGAUCUAGGUCCCUCAUCGAGCUCUUGUAGGUUUGAACGAUCACGAAGUUAUCAUGACGUGUUCCAGCAUAACUUUUCUGGAGGCCUUUUUGAUAGUGCAAGUGAUAUGAUUAUGCAGACCGACCCUCGACUCCAUAAUGGGCAUCAUCAUAUGGACGGGUUAGUUCCUAACCAGUGGCAAAUGAUGGGUUCUGACCCAUCAUUUCCCGGGAUGAGGAAUGGGACUAUUGAUGGUAGUCACCAGUAUCCCAUCCCCGACUACUCGAACUUGGCAUGCGGUGUCAACGGGUAUGGAGUAUUUAGGCCUUCAAAUGGCCUUUGAAAGCUUCUAUAGAGGAGCCUAGCCUUGAAUGUUUACUCUGUUUUCCUUUGUAAUAAUGCAUUUGAUUGAGAAGAGCCUUUUCGUCUUUACAGGAAACAUUAUGUAUAGGGUGCUUCUGCUUCUUUGUUUCAAAUUUUAACUUGAAAAACCAUGGCUUUGCUAUUGCUCCUCAGAUUGAGUAUUUGACA